CACCCAUAAAAUACAAAAAGCUUAUCAUUAAACUUAUUCUCCUUUUAAAAUCAUGAUCACUACUGAUUAUCUAUUAUUGGUGGUUCUUCUUGGGUGAUGAUCUAUGAUUACGACCUAACCCUAAAUUUAUAAGGAAAAGUGGGGUUAGGUUUGCUUUUCAUACAAUACUGGUGAUUUAAAAAUGUGUACAACUGUUUUAAGAGAAAUAUGUAAAACGUUUCCAAAAUAUACUUCUAAGCAAUUUAGAGUAUUUGUUAGUUUACGUUCAUUAGGCUAUGCUUCAAGAGAGUAUGCUCAUGAAGAAAGAGAUCCUGCACCUUUUUUCUUUGACUCUAACGUACAAUCGCUUCUCAGAACACUUACUAGGGUUGACUUAAACAAAGUUUUCAGAAAGCGAAAGACAGGUGAUUUAAAGCUUGAACAACCAACAUAUAAAUUUCUCACAGAUGAACAACUGCAAGAUGCACUUAAAGAAGCUCAUGAAAAAUCUAGUCAACUGUUACAGAUACCUCCUGUAAUUAAAGUCAGAAAGCCAAUUGAUACAGUAAUUUCUAAUGAUCCAGCCCUUCAAGGAUUGGAAACAUCUAAAUUUGUGUUCACAGAUAUUUCAUAUGGUAUAAAAUACAGUCAACGAAUAAUCGUCGUUAGAGAAACAGAUGGUACCUUAAGACAUGCAGAUUGGGAUGUACGAGAACGUAUGAACCAAUUAUACUUUCCAGAACAUGGGAGGAAACUUAAAAUUCCACGCAUGUUUGAAAACACCAAUUUGGAAAGUUUAUUAAAUCGUAAGGAAUAUAUUUUUUUAUUAGACAGAGCAUGCAUUCAGUUUGAACCAGAUGAUGCUAAUUAUCAAAGAGUCACCAGCAUAACUUACCAACAUAUUAAUGAUAACAACGACUUUGAAAUACUGAGAUCCACAAGACAUUUUGGUGCUUUAGCAUUUUUUCUAACAUGGUUUAAAAAUAUUGACAAUUUGGUAUUAGACCUUUUAGAAACAUUGCAUAUUGAAGAAGUUAAUGUAUUACUCCAGUUAUAUGAAAAGUUACAUGAUCAAAGUUUUGGUGCAGAAAAAUCAGAUGAGGUAGAGGCACUAAUAAUUUAUAUAAAUAAAGCAGCAUCCAAAAAGGGUCCACUUGAAUUGGCAGUUCAAGCAUAUAAAGACCUUAAAAAGCAAAGAUUGCAAUUAGAGAAAGGCAUUCAAGCUGCUCAUGGGUUAACAUAGAUCAAAUAUCUUUUUUUGUAUAUUUUUAAUAAAUACUACUACUAAUAAAUCAAGCUAGCAAUAAAUGCUACAAAAUAUGCGACUA